CAGCUGUGGAAAUUCUGGGAAAAUACCCGUCAAUGCCCGUUAAUGAUGACGUUAUAUUCCCGCUUGCAACCACGACUUCCUCCUUUUCGGACUUCAUCAAGCAGAUAUGCCAGGACCUGGUUCAACUACUAAGAAAUGUGCUUCUUGUUCUAUGCCACUCAAUGUGGCUUGCAAGACGUGCAAGUACUGCAAAGCAGUGCAGCCCCACAAUCUGCGUUUGAAAAAAAAAAUAGAAAGAUUUGAUUUGAAAUCAGAGACAUGGGCCCAGGCCCAGAAAAAGAAUAACACUUCAUCCCACCUGAUGGAUGACGCUUCUUUGUUGCUGGAAAGGUUUCAGGCCCUUGGCUCCAGGGGUGUGUUAUUUAUAUCCCGCCCUGGAACUAAAUCAUGGACCUGUGAGGUUCUUCUGCCCAGAUGUAAAGUCACUGAAUCAGCAUCUGCCUGCCUAAAGAGGAUGGAGGCGUUGUUUGAAUUUGUUGUGCAAGGUUGGAGUCAGUCAGAGAAAGUAGCAGCCUCAGCAGCAGAGAUCCCACAGCCUCCUGUAGACAACUCACUGGCCACAUCAAGUUAUUAUGGAGCCCCUGCUCUUCCCAUUCCUUCCCCUUCAGCUCCUAAUCUUGCCAGUCCUACCCCUCCAGCGCCUACCCUUUCCAUUCCUACCCUUCCAGCCCCUACUCUUUCCUUUCCUACCACUCCAGCUCCUACUCUCCCCAUUCCUACCACUCCAGCUCCUACUCUCCCCAUUCCUACCACUCCAGCUCCUACUCUUCCCAUUUCUACCACUCCAGCUCCUACUCUUCCCAUUUCUACCACUCCAGCUCCUACUCUUCCCAUUUCUAUCACUCCAGCCCCUUCUCUUUCCAUUCCUACCCUUCCAGUCUCUACUCUUUCCAUUCCUACCACUCCAGCUCCUACUCUUUCCAUUCCUACCCCUCCAGUCUCUACUCUUUCCUUUCCUACCACUCCAGCUUCUACUCUUCCCAUUCCUACCACUCCAGCCCCUACUCUUUCCAUUCCUACCCCUCCAGUCUCUACUCUUUCCAUUCCUACCACUCCAGCUCCUACUCUUUCCAUUCCUACCACUCCAGCUUCUACUCUUCCCAUUCCUACCCCUCCAGCUCCUACUCUUCCCAUUCCUACCCCUCCAGCUUCUACUCUUCCCAUUCCUACCCCUCCAGCUUCUACUCUUCCCAUUCCUACCACUUCAGCUUCUACUCUUCCCAUUCCUACCCCUCCAGCUCCUACUCUUUCCAUUCCUACCCCUCCAGCUCCUACUCUUUCCAUUCCUACCACUCCAGCUCCUACUCUUUCCAUUCCUACCACUCCAGCUUCUACUCUUCCCAUUCCUACCCCUCCAGCUCCUACUCUUCCCAUUCCUACCCCUCCAGCUUCUACUCUUCCCAUUCCUACCACUCCAGCUUCUACUCUUCCCAUUCCUACCCCUCCAGCUCCUACUCUUCCCAUUCCUACCCCUCCAGCUUCUACUCUUCCCAUUCCUACCACUCCAGCUCCUACUCUUUCCAUUCCUACCACUCCAGCUUCUACUCUUCCCAUUCCUACCCCUCCAGCUCCUACUCUUCCCAUUCCUACCCCUCCAGCUUCUACUUUUCCCAUUCCUACCCCUCCAGCUUCUACUCUUCCCAUUCCUACCACUUCAGCUUCUACUCUUCCCAUUCCUACCCCUCCAGCUCCUACUCUUUCCAUUCCUACCACUCCAGCUCCUACUCUUUCCAUUCCUACCACUCCAGCUUCUACUCUUCCCAUUCCUACCCCUCCAGCUCCUACUCUUCCCAUUCCUACCCCUCCAGCUUCUACUCUUCCCAUUCCUACCACUCCAGCUUCUACUCUUCCCAUUCCUACCCCCCCAGCUCAUAAUCUUGCCAUCCCUGCUCCUGGAGGAAACAAGAGGAAGAAAAAUAAUGAUUGCUCUCACAGCAGCCAGGAAGUAUUCAAGGGAGAUAUUUUGAAGGAACGAGUUAAAGAGGGAAGGAAGGAAUACCUUCUGAAAUGGCACCCUUGCAGUUUAUGGUAUGCAUGGAAAUCUUUACUCUUUACCUCCUUUUUGUUUUCAGUGCUGUUUGUUUGUCUUUAAGCAGGAUUACACAAAAACUACCAGCAUGAGUUUCAUGAAAGAUGUAUCAUGGGUCAAGUAAGUACCCAUGACAUUUUAGAGCGGAUCCAAGUCACGGGGCAAAGUUUCACAUUCGCUAGUGUUGUGCCAUACAGCAUUUUCGCAUAAUCAUUCCUUUCUUUUUAUGGCCCUAAUUUGUUGGUAGUUUCAGUAGUUAAAUACACAAAAAUGGCAAAAAUGUAAUUUAAGUAUUUGAAUUAAUAUACAAAUAAGAAUGCAUUUGAACUACUAGGAAGCUACAGCAAAUUCAGUCAAAUUAAUAAUUUAACUGUUUGUAGUUCACGACUCCCCAACACUGGUAAACAUUAUUACCAGUUUAUUAUUUUUUCUCAAAGGCCCCAAGUUAUUAAUUCAUUAGCCAACAUAUAUAAAAAAAUGUGGGCUACACAAAGUUAUAUUGGAUAAAUAUUUCGGGAUGAUUAUAAGAUUUUAUUUCAGUUUAUCUCUUUCUGUAGUGUUUAUAAAAUUGCACUCUACUUAGUAAAAAAGCUUGACAAAGUAUGUAAUACUUAUCCAUGUUUUUUACAUAACAUUCAGCCAUUUUUGUCACCAUGUAAGUGAUAAUGAAUCAAAUGUGUCAAAUGACAACACCCUUCUUUUUUUUAAGUAGUUUUGUAAG